AUGAUGAAGAUAUUUGGCCAAGUUUUGACGACGGAUUUAAAGGAAGUAUUGGAUUCUGAGGGAAACGGAGUGCCUGUUUUUGAAUGUAUCGAGGAAUGCUUCCAAAUACCUUGGUGUUUUUUGGCUUAUAUGAUAGGUGAAAGACAAUGUUAUUUUUUCAAUUUCGGAUUAAUAGAAAACCUGACAGUGGUUGAGACGAAAACAGAAGAAGGAUUGAUUGUUGCUUUCAGGACAGACUUGCUAUUAGACCAGUGCCCAGCAUACGAUAAUAUUGAUCUAGUGGUAACACAUGGCCCGGAUGACAUACCAUGGACCAAGACUGGAAAUGAGUUUAAAUUCAAAAAAUGUGUUGGCUAUUGGAGAAUGUUUAAAAGAGAGAAUGGUGUCGUUGUCUGCAUUCAAUUUUUCAAGGAGGACACAAACAGUUUGGAGGGCGCAAUACAGAGAUGUCAUGAAAGAGGAGGGUACCAGUUGACAGGAGUGCAAUCCAAAAAAGAACUGCAGUGGAUUUUUGACGCAAGAAUUUCAUUUUAUACUUGGGACAAAAAUACUGGAUUUUGGAUAAAUGCAAGAAGACAAAACACUGGGGUGAAUGACACGCAUUUCAAUAUAACUGAUGGAUACACAAUUUUGGAUCAAGACUUUUACCGAGAAUUCGCUGACCUCUCAGGAACAAAUGCAGGUAUACCAGAAGACUGUUUGAUGGUGAGCAAUGCUUCUCGUGGCUUCCAAAUGAUUGAUGUUCCUUGCGAUAACAAUAGUUACGGAAAAGGUUAUGUAUGUGGAUAUCCACUUGAUUGA